AUGAAAACCUCGAUUCCGUCAGAUGUGUGGGAGAAGAAAAAGGCCCUGAUUGCCCGCCUGUACAAGGAUGAGGAGUGGCCGCUGAAACAGGUGAUCAAGCAGAUCCGCACCACCGACUUCAAUCCAAGUCGCCUGAAGAAAUGGAGAGUCACCAAGCCGUCCCGCCAGGUCCGAAAGAAGCCAGCUGGCGAGCAGGGCGAUAACGAUGAGGAAGAGGAAGAGGAGGCGUCAGAAGAAACGUCGCCCGUCGAAACGAAGACGAAUAAUCACCAAACCAUGAGCAUGAAUCAGACCACGCCGACAAUCACUCCGCCGGCCGCUGCCGUGGCGAUGCUGACACCACAGUCGCAGCCGGAUCUAGCCCUGACUCGAGAGUGGUAUCCGACAGACGUCUGGGUGCAGUCACAACACGACGAACUCAUCAUCCAGCCUGUGCAAAAUGUGGUGGCUACGCAGGCAGAGACACAGUCUUGGACGGCAUCGGUUUCCGCACCAAGUCCUAUCAAUACAGCACCGGAACAGCAUCAAUCUCAUGCAGUCAGCCAGAUCAAUACUCCGAUAGUCACGCAGUUCCCUUCCCACCACAGUCUUACAGCCUAUGAUUUUUCCCAACAGCAGCAGCAGCAGCAGCAGCAACUUCCAUCCCCUCAGAACAGCAUUUCUCCCAACAACAUCCCUCCCAAUACACAUGUUCUAUCACCAACCUUCAUCUCACCAACUUUUGCCAUGGCCCCCAUCUCAUAUCCGCAACCCGCACCGCCCACAGCAACACACUGGCCCGACUAUAUUGAACCAGACACUACCCCUAGCACUCUAGCCAUGCAGCCGACGAAUUGGUAUGCAACCAUGUAUGACGUCGGAAAGGUUACUGCGCCACCUCCAGGAGACGCGGCAUCCGCAUACUAUCAACGUAUGAAUUCAGGUGCAUACAAUCAAGUCAUGCAACAUAUGGCGUCAGCGUCGCCCGAUAUGUACCAAGCUCAAGCCCAAUCUCAGCUUCAACCUCAACCCCAACUUCAAUCAAAACAGCAACAACAACAACCAAUCCCCACCAAUUACCAAGGCUACGACAACGUCCCUGUGCGACCUUGGCGGCGCGCAAUGACAUCGCACCACAGCAACAAUCCCGAGUCCACGCCGCUAGUCCGGGUCGACCGACAAGGGCGCCAACGCAAGCCAGUCGCGGACCGAAAAAGAAAGGAAUCGAAUGAAGAAAUGGAAAUAAUAGCCCAGCAGCAGCACAUACAAUCAAUACAGCAACAACAACAACAACAACAACAACAACAAUUAUCAAUAAUGCACCCUGUUUACCAACAACACCCCCAAUACAUCGCAACAGGCCACCAUCCACAAAGCCUAAUGCCGCACGAAAACAUGUUAUAUGCUUAUGCAGGCCAUGAGCAGACGCUAUUACCACGGCCGAUGGGUCAUUGA